AUGCAAAGCUGGACGAGAGCUCUCGAUGCAAAAGCCGCCUUCAUUGAUUUCUGCAAUGUCUUCGACAGUGUUUUAAACCAACGCCUGAUCGAAAAGUUGAAAGUGAUGGGCAUCAGAGGCAAACUUCUUACUUUCAAAAAGCGGAGUUGUCUUCUUGAUCCAUUAGGUGCUAUCGCGAACAUGGCUGGUAAAAUGGCAAAGCAGCUAGCUGGCAGUGGGACAGGCCAAAGUUUAAUGGACAGAGUCACUCAGGCGAAGUACUCUUUAGCCGGUUCUUCCCUCGGCAAAGUCGUUGCGAAGGCCUCCACUGUCGAAUUAAUUCCACCCAAAAAGAAACACUUGGAUCGUCUUAUAAGGUACAGUAACGAACCAAGCGUUUCUAUCCCACUGCUUGUCGGUUUUCUUGUGGAGCGCACUCAUGAGAAAUCAUGGGUGAUCGUGUUCAAAGCUCUCAUUACGUCUCACCACCUAAUGAACUACGGAAAUGAACUCAUUAAAGAGCCACAACUUGAUAAUACCGAACGCUCGAAACGCCUAAUGAAGGGAAAGAGAUUGAGUAUUAUGGAAAUCACCUUGGCAACCGAAAAGGACUUAAACAAUCAGAUUAUAAACGCGGCCUUUCUGCUCUUGUACAAAGACUUGAUUCGUCUCUUUGCCUCUUACAAUGAAGGCAUGAUGAAUCUCAUAGGCAAGUCACUUUAUAAGCUGUGUGUUAAGCACCUCUACGUGGUUAACAUUAUGCAGCCGAAGUUCAAACACUCUGCAGGCACCUUGCAUCAUUGUCGGAUAGCUCUGGACCUUUACAGCAAUUUUCCUGAAGUUAUGGACAAAGUGGACUCAUUUCUAACCGUGGCUGAGGUGCGUUUGUUCUUCUCUUUCGAGGAUUUCAAUUUCACUUAA